AUGGAUUCCAACGUUAGGGCUCGCUUAGGGCCCGCGCGCCAAGCCGAAAAAAACCGCACCAAACUAGGAGUUCUAGUGUCAGCGGUCGUAGACGAAAAGCGACAACAUCAUCCCGACACCGAGGACCAUCGACUUCCCCUCGCCAACUCCUUCAAGAUGGUCCGUUACGCCGCCCAGGAGAUCGAAAACGCGAAGAGCGCCCGCGCCCGGGGCUCUUACCUCCGCGUCAGCUUCAAGAACACCCGUGAGACCGCUCAGGCCAUCAACGGCAUGAAGCUGCAGAAGGCUCUCACCUACCUCGACAAUGUCACCAAGAAGUCCAUGGCUGUCCCCAUGCGCCGUUACGCCGGUUCCACCGGUCGCACCGCUCAGGGCAAGCAGUUCGGUGUCUCCAAGGCCCGCUGGCCCGUCAAGUCCGCCGAGUUCCUGAUCGACCUCCUCAAGAACGCUGAGGCCAACGCCGACACCAAGGGUCUCGACACCUCCAACCUUGUUGUCCAGCGCAUCCAGGUCAACCAGGCCCCCAAGGGUCGCCGCCGCACUUACCGUGCUCACGGUCGUAUCAACCCUUACAUGACCAACCCCUGCCACAUUGAGCUGAUCCUCACUGAGGCUAACGAGGAGGUCAAGAAGGCCCCCAAGAAGACCGACCUUCACCUGUCUUCCCGCCAGCGUGGUGCUCAGAUCCGCCAGGCUCUCAUUGAGGCCUAA